AUGAAAUUGGACGUUGUAAAACAAUUUUCUACUCGUUCCGAUAGAGUCAAAGGAAUAGAUUUCCAUCCUUCAGAGCCAUGGAUUUUAACUACCUUAUAUAAUGGUAAAAUUGAAAUUUGGUCAUAUGCAACACAUUCAUUGGUUAAAUCUAUUCAAGUGACCGAGCUUCCUGUCCGUACUGGUAAGUUCGUGGCACGUAAGAAUUGGAUUAUUGUUGGAUCUGAUGAUUUCCAAAUAAGGGUGUACAAUUACAACACUGGUGAAAAAGUGACACAAUUCGAAGCACAUCCAGACUACAUCAGAAGCAUCUCUGUGCAUCCAUCUAAGCCAUACGUUUUGACAUCUUCGGAUGAUUUAACUAUCAAAUUAUGGAAUUGGGAGAAUUCAUGGAAAUUAGAACAAAUUUUCGAAGGCCACCAACAUUAUGUCAUGAGUGUUAACUUCAAUCCUAAGGAUCCUAAUACCUUUGCGUCGGCAUGUUUGGAUAGAACCGUUAAAAUUUGGUCGUUAGGUUCGCCUCAGCCAAAUUUCACCUUAAUGGCUCAUGAAUCAAAGGGUGUAAAUUAUGUCGAUUACUAUCCUCAAGCCGAUAAGCCAUACUUAAUAACUACAUCUGAUGACAAAACGAUUAAGAUUUGGGACUAUCAAACCAAAUCUUGUGUUGCUACUUUAGAGGGACAUUUAUCAAACGUUUCGUUUGCUAUUUUCCACCCUGAAUUACCAUUGAUUGUUUCUGGUUCGGAAGAUGGUACUGUUAAGUUUUGGAAUUCAAAUACUUUCAAGUUAGAGAAAUCGAUUAACUAUGGCUUAGAAAGAGUAUGGUGUAUUGGUAUCUUAUCAAAGUCUAAUGUUAUAGCUGUAGGUUGUGACUCAGGUUAUGUCAUUAUAAAGUUGGGUAAUGAAGAACCAUUAUUUUCUAUGGACUCUAAUAACAAAUUGAUAUAUGCAAAGAACUCAGAAAUAUACCAAUCAAUUAUUAAACCAAAUUCAACAGAAGGCUUGAAGGAUGGUGAAUCAUUGCCGUUACAACAAAGAGAAUUAGGGUCUAUUGAAAUUUAUCCUCAAUCCUUAACUCAUUCACCAAAUGGGAGAUAUGCUACUGUGUGUGGUGAUGGUGAAUAUAUCAUCUAUACUGCUUUAGCGUGGAGAUCCAAAACAUACGGUAAAGCAUUAGACUUUUCCUGGAACUCUCAUGACUUGUCAAAUGCCUGUACAUUUGCUAUCAGAGAAUCACAAUUAUCUGUUAAAAUUUUUAAGAAUUUUGAUGAACAUUUACAAAUUGAUUUGAUCUAUCAAGCUGAUAAAAUUUUUGCCGGUGCUUUAUUAGGUAUCAAGCUGGAAGGCUGUAUAUCAUUCUACGAUUGGGAACAUGGUAAAUUAGUUAGAAGGGUUGACUUAGAUGAUGAUAUUCAGGAAGUUGUCUGGUCUGAUAACGGUGAACUUUUUGCGAUUGUCACUUCGUCAAAUGUUGGCGAGAACAAGGCCGCAAUUGGUUCCAAAACUGGUGAUGAAACAUAUUUCUUAAGUUAUGAUCAUGCUCUAUUUGAAGAGGCUUUAAGUAACGAUGAACUUGAUCCAGAAGAAGGUGUAGAAUCAGCCUUUAAUGUGUUAUACACAUUACCAACAUCUGAGUCUAUCUUAUCGGGUAAGUUUAUUGGUGAUGUUUUUGUAUAUACUACAGCUACAAGUAACAGAUUGAAUUAUUUUGUUGGUGGUGAAGUGAUUAACUUAGGUCACUUUGAUCAUAAGUAUUAUAUUGUUGGAUAUAGAGCUAAUCAAGAAGGAAAAUUAUAUUUGAUUGAUAAGUCAUUCAAUGUUGUUUCUUGGUUUGUAAAUUCUGAUGUCUUAGAACUUCAAACUUUGGUAAUGCGUGGUGACUUAGAACAAUUCGCAACAGAAAAUGUUUUAGAUGAAGAAUCGGGUGAGAAUGUACCAGACUUGUCUAGUAUUAGCAAAGAAAACUUGUCGGACGAAUAUUCAAAUAUUUUAUCUGGCUUCAGCAAAACUGAAUUAAAUCAAUUGUCAAGAUUCUUUGAAAAAUUAGGGUACUUAGCAUUGUCAUAUUCCUUAUCACAAGAUUUUGAUUCUAAAUUCCAAAUAUCGCUUUCCACCAAUAAUUUACUGCAAGCUUAUGAGUUAUUAUCAACGUACCAGAAGGAAAAUCCAUCUACAAGCUUGGCCAAUGCAUCCAAAUGGAAGAAAUUGGGUGAUUCAGCAUUAUCUAAAUGGCAAAUAAAGUUAGCCCAGGACUGUUUUUGGCUAGCUAAGGACCAUGCUUCCUUGUUAUUAUUAUUAUCUUCUUCUAAUAAUCAAAAAGAAUUAGUCAAAUUGGCGGAAGAAUGUGAAACAAUGGGUAAAUAUAAUAUAGCUUUGCAAACAUGGUGGAUAACUGGAAACAAAGAAAAGUGCUUAGAAUUAUUAAUAAAGAGUGAAAGAUUAACAGAGGCUACAUUCUUUGGAGUAAAUUAUUCUGCCGAUAAAGAGAAGGUCAACGAAUCGAUUAAAUUAUGGAAGCAAAAGUUAGAAUUUAAGAAUAAGACGAAAGUAAGUGAAAGGCUAAUUGACAAUUUUGAAGGGUUGAGCGUUACUGAGACCACUGCACCUGCACCUGCGCCUGAGCCGGUUGACAGCCUAAUUGAUCUCGAAGAUACUGGUGAUAAGAACGAAGAAGUUGACGCUAUUGUUGAUACUUCGGAAAAGGAAGUUGAAGAAGAAGCUACUGCUGAUGACGUCGAAACUAACGACGAAGAAGUUGAAGAGGAUGCUUAA